GGCGCCCAUCGGUGAAGGGAAUGACAGGAUGGGCUCACUAAAUGUAGAUGAUAAAGGCUCUGAAGAAACUCAAAAUUUAUGGGCAAGUAUUUUAAGUGAAGUCCAGUCAAGUUCUGCAUCAAAAUUAUCCAAUUCAAGGACAGUAUUAGUUUUGGGUGAUAAUGAUUCUGGUAAAACAACAUUAAUAGCUAAACUACAGGGUAUAGAAGAACCCAAGAAAGGUUCUGGAUUAGAAUAUUAUUAUAUUGAUGUUAAAGAUGAAUAUAGAGAUGAGCAAGCCAGACUAAAUGUGUGGGUAUUAGAUGGUGACCCUGAACAUACAGGCUUGUUGCGGUUUGCCUUGACUCAAGAAAGUUUUUCUGAUACUUUAGUGUUACUAGUAGCUUCAAUGAAUCAACCGUGGUCUAUAAUGGAAUCCUUAAAUAAGUGGGCUGGUAUAUUACGUGAACAUAUAGACAGAUUAAAAAUUCCUCCUGAAACAAUGCAGGAAUAUGAACAAAGUUUAAUUAGGUUCUUCCAGGAAUAUACUGAGCCUGAAGAAGGUCAGUCCUCCAACCAUGCCCCCCCUCGAGGAGAUUCAAACCCCCUCCAUCCUACUGCACCAACGACGGAAGGGGAAGGAGACAAAGUUUUAUUACCAUUAGGAGAAAAAACCUUAUCACAGAAUUUAGGAAUUCCAGUAGUACUAGUUAUAACAAAGAGUGACGCAAUCUCAACAUUAGAAAAAGAACAUGACUAUAAAGAUGAACAUUUUGAUUUUAUUCAACAAUAUAUUAGAAAGUUUUGUAUAAAUUAUGGUGCUGCUUUAAUAUAUACAUCAGUAAAAGAAGAUAGAAAUUGUGAAUUAUUAUAUAAAUAUUUAACACAUAGAAUUUAUGGUUUUCCCUUCACUAAACCACCCUAUGUUGUAGAAAGAGAUGCUGUCUUUGUACCAUGUGGAUGGGAUAAUGAAAAAAAGAUAAGUAUAUUAUAUGAAACCAUGAAUACAGUUAAACCAGAAGAUUCCUUUGAAGAUGUUAUAGUUAAACCCCUUACUAGAAAGCCAAUCCAAAGAGAUGCUGAAGUUAUUGCAGAAGAUGAACAAGUUUUCUUAAUGAGACAGCAAUCACAGCUUAGUAAACAGCCUGUACCGGGACCAGUAGCCGAAAGUACCCCUAUUAGAACACAGCGACCACAAGCCCAGAGAACUCCUGAAAGACCUGGUGGAACACCAAAUACUCCAUUACGUGGAAAGUCUCAAGAUGGUAAAGGAGCACCACCUGGUAACAGUGAAGGGAUGUUGGCUAAUUUCUUUAACAGUUUACUCAGCAAGAAGACAGGAGCUGCUGCAGCCGGUAAAGACAAGGCAUCAGUAGCACGAGAUGCGGCGGCGGAGUUGGAACGCAUGACAAGGGGCAAGAAACAGGCUACAAGUACACCCGAGAUGAAUAUGAAUAAUGAUGCCAGUGCUUCAAGUUCCUGAUAACUUCCACUAGGCCGGUAUUCAUGUUGAAAUUCUAGUGAGGCAAACUGUACAAUGUUUCGUUGUUAAUUUAUGAUUAUUUACCUUAUAAUUUCGCUUUGAUAUUUCAAUUUAUAACUGCUGUGUAUGUACCAUCAUGUUCCGAGGAAAUAUUAUCGCACUUUUAAAUUUAUUAUCAGGAGUUGGAAAAAAUUUGAUGAAGAAUUCUGCCAGAAUCUCCUUUUCUCUGGAAAAUUGUAUUUUUACCAUUCUAGUCCAAUGUAUAAAGCCUCAACGCUUCUGCUAUGAACAUUCCCUUUAGUGAGUAAUUUGCAAAUUUAGGCUUUAGGAAUGAGAUCAUAAGCUUUUCCUGUGCUGAAAUCUAACCGGAAUUAACUUGAAAUAGUUCAGAUGAAAUUUGCCACCCUCAAUGUGGCUUCAAGCUUUUAUAUUUUUGGAAAGCAAUGGGUUUGAAUGCUUGAUAAUGUAGUUACCCAUAUAUAAGAACAAAAAAGAAAAAAUAACAACACAGUUGCCUCUACAGAAUACGAACAAGAAAUUAAUUUAUUAUUUGUUCAUAAUGAAAAUAUUGCAUAGUUUAUUCUAAUUUGUAUAUUGCAUUAAUGAAAUAACUUUCAUUCUGUACAUAUUCUAAUUUCUACACAGUGUUUCUCAUGGGGGUAGGGUUUCCUUAUUACUAUACAUUUUGACUCAACACAUGAGCUGGAGACAGUCUACAAAAGAUAGUUGAAAAUGUAGCCGAAUUGAGUGAAAUUGUUCAGUACAACAUUUUGACUCAACACAUGAGCACGGCACAGUCUAUGAGUCAAUUUGUUGAGUACAUCAUUGAGUCAAAGUGUUGAGUAUGACAAACAUAAUUGUGUCAAAUUGUUGUACAACAAAGAUGAUUGAGUCAAAUUGUUGAGUACAAAAAACAUAAUUGAGUCAAAUUG